UGUAAAAUCUACACAAUCUUCAUCAUUACAAUUAACAACCAAUUAAUUAUAGGGAAAAAAUUAACAACCAAUUGGAAAAAGCAAAGUAAGAUGGAUUGUGUUAAUAUUCUGAUUUAGCAUUAUAUUAAAAAAUAUCAAAGGAAAGCCAAUCAAGCAAGGAAUCAAUGGGUCCCAUAAGAAACUGAUGGACCACCUGUCCUCUUCCCCCCCAAAGAUAAGCUCAGUUCUCUCUUCUUCAUCUUCUUCUUCAUCAAGCUUACUAUCAGCCAACAGAGUCAUUCCCCCAAUUCCCCCUCUCUCUCGCCUUCCCAACAAUGGCCGCCAUUGAUUCACUCCCCCUUAAGCUACACGACAACCUAAUUGCAUUUAUCUCCAAGCUCUUCCUUGCCAUGAAGAAAGUUCCACUCUCUAAAGUCUAAACCCCACUCACCAUCAAAAUAAUUUCCCCCGAAAAUUACUCCUCUAGCUCCCAUAUAUAUAUAUAUAUACGUCAUAACCCGAAACCCUUUUCACUUAUCCCCUGAUCAUCAAAACCCACAAUUUUUCUUUUUCCAAUUAGUAGAGAGGUAUGGAUCUGGAAGAGUGGGAAGUUCUUCCCCGAGACGCAAGCUUCUUUGAUUUCCAUGACGAUGGCGGUGCCAGGGUUUCUUCUUCCCCUGCAAAAUCAUCAUCAAGGAGAGGUUCUUCUUCUACCUCUUCUCCUUCCUAUUCUUGCAUGAGCCCUAACUAUAGCGUGCUAGACAUGAAUUACUUCAUCUGCCCAUCUUCUCCGCCAAAGAGCUCAAUCUCAAGGGUUGUGCUUCCCAUCGAAUUGGAACCAACAGAUCACCCGAGCCCACCACAGGAGGAGCAACAGCUCACGGAUUGCAGCAGCUCUCGAACUAGGAUGAUGAUGGUCAUCCCAAAAAUUAGCAAAGCUCCAAGCUUUACUGGAUCUGUUGCUGUUGGUUGUGGUGGUGGUGAUCAGGACUCUGUUUCCCAAGUCUUCUUCAAGAAGAUGAAGGAGAAUGAAUUUGUCGACAUGAAACUGGACUCCCCAAAGUCCCCAACUAUGUCAUCGCCACCGUCAUCCCUUUUGUCCUCCCCCAAAUUUGGUGCUGGCAAGUUCAGCUUUGAAGACAACGGUGCUACUAACGAUCCAAGCUUGGAGAAGGACGAAAUUGGGUGGGAUGAGGGCAGUGGUAAGGAUGGUGAUAGUGGUGGUGGUGGUUUGAACAUUUGGAGGUGGAGCUUGCACGGGGUUGGAGCCAUUUGCUCAUUUGGGGUUGCUGCCGCAACUGUCUGCAUCAUCAUCUUUGGCAAUCAUCAGAGGAACCAGCAGCACAAGAGGGAGCAGCAGAUCAGGUUCCAGAUUUACACUGAUGACAAGAGGGUAAAGCAGGUGGUUCAGCAUGCCACAAGAUUCAAUGAUGCAAUUUCAGCAGUGAGAGGGGUUCCCAUUGCAAGGGCUCAGGUCACUUUUGGUGGCUAUUAUGAUGGCAUUUAGAUCCUAAUUCCUUCACCUCACUCAGCUUCUGGUGGGAUCACCCUAUAAUUAGGGUUCUGUAUAUAGGAAAUUAUAUGUUAUGUAUAAGUAUAGUAGCUAUAGUGGACGGUAAAUUUUUGUGUUUUGCUUGAGAUAUUCAAUGUUCCAAUAUGGUACACGUUGAGGCCAUUUGAUAGGUUAAUAUUUUCGUAAAGACUAAUAACAUUUAUAAAUUAUUCAUAUUGUUCCGUUUAUAUACAAAAUGACGUCGUUUUGCUUGAUGAGUGGGGUUUGGUGGAAAUGGGAGUUAUGGCAAAAUUCAAACUCAACCCACCAAUUUCAAAAGCGAGUAAAGCUCGCAUUCGACCAAAAACGCGUCAAUAUGAAUUUUACUGUUUGACUGGGUUGGGUCGGAUUGGAUAACCCUUGGGUUUAGGUUCAAUUCCCAUCACUAAUUGUAACGGCACAAGUUGCAAGGAAAAAAGGGUAAAAUGUAGUAUUAUUUUAGGUAUAAUUGGGUAAGAAGUUGUUUAUUUGAUCAUUCACAAACCCUAACUUCAUAGGAAUUGUAUUUGGGUAUCAAGUCGGGUCUAGUAUGUUAUAAGACAAUUAGAACAUGACAUGAGCACGACUACAAAAAGGAAAUAUAAGAGCUCAAGUAUGGGCAUGAACACGAUUCGAUCUUUUAAAAGGGUCGUGUAGGCCAUUACGUUUUUAGGAUUCAAGCGAGAAUAGUCACGGAAUGAUACAUACGAGAUACAUAAUUUAUACGUCAUAAAUUUACAUAAUAUCAUGAGUUCAAAAAUUAAAAUAAAAAUACAGAAAUCAUCAAAUGCUCUUUUUAAAAGUGACCAUAGAAAUAUUCAGUGUGAUUAAUACCAAAAAUAAAAAUACUCGAAAAGAACAAAAAAUGUGCGGAUGCUAAAUCACUCUCUUUAUACUCCCUAUUUUUUUUCUUUCUUCCAAUGAUACAGAAAUAUAAGCAUGACACUAGAAUAACUCGAACCGUGGCCUAACCUAGGUCAAACCAAACAAAUUUGAGACAUGAACUUGCACGACAUGGUAUGAAAAUAAUGGAAUGUGUCGGACACAACACAAUAAGACCUUAAGCAGUUAAGCCCUGGGCUGAACGCGACCCAAUGGCGCCUAGAUACAAUUUCAACUAAGGAAGUCUAAAUUUGCUAAGUUUUUAUGCUUUGACUUGAGUUGAGGGUUCUCAUAUAAACUUAUGGAAUGUAUUGACCUCGUCACCUUAGACGUGACAUAAGAGUAUUUUGUCACUACUAUAUAUCUCCAUUCUUGUUAUUCGAUUGCACAAAUUAAUUUAUUAUACGAAUAAAUGAAAUGUUUGAUAAAAUAGUUUAUAUUAUGAAAAAAUGACACAUCUCGUUUCAAUUCAGGGCUCUGCCACUAAUAUCAAAUAUAUCACGUCGAAUUUGACAACUUGGGAAAGGGAUCUCUUAUAUCACGUUGAAAUUAUAUCACGCUAGAAAUGAGCUUGAUCAAUUAUAUCACGUCGAAUUUUAGUGUUUGAGAUCAAAGAGCCACCUACCUCCCCAUGGUAGAUACCAAUUUUGGUUGUUUGAAUCUCUAGGGAAGAUAUUUCGUACGGAGAUGGGAGCAAAAGAAAAUGAGUGAUCGAAGAACAACCAACACAUACCCCAUAAUUCUGAGUUCCAACAAUGCAGAUUUCUCAUUCAUUUCUAGCGUCGUGAUGAUGAUGACAACUUGGGAAAGGGAUCUCUCCCUCUCUCAUUUGCAAUUGCUACAAGCCAACAACUUAAUUACUGCACAUUUGGAAGCAUCGAAGUGAGAUUCGGAGAAUAUGGCCUCCAUUUCUGACACAUAACAUAUGUACUUUUUCCAAUCUCCUUGGAAUCUUUCCUCGUUUGGGUAUUUGCUGUAUGUAGGUUGCCUCGCCACAUGGCACAUGGCGAAUUCCAAUUUUGCUUGGGCUUCUCUAGCUAGGAGUUCAACUUUAUAUCGAGUUCUAUUGCUUAGGAUUUAGUACUUCUGCUCUUCAUUAUUAUUGUGAUUUUGUCUUCCUAUUUCCAUAUACACAUGUUCGUCACUACUUAUGCUUCGUUAAGUUUUUUUCCAUUACAUUUACUAUAUAUGUAACCUUUAUAUCAACAUACCUUAGUAUAGAUAAAAUAUAACAAGCUUAAAGAAGUGUGUUUACUAUUGUGCUUUCCAUCUCAUGUAUAGUUCGCUUAUAUAUCCCGUGUAUAUUAUAUAGAAUACUCUAUUAAAUUAUAUUUCAUACAUAUAGUAUAUAUUUUUCUACUCGUGUUCUUUCUACUUAAGUUAUUUGGAGAUUACCAUCUUUGGAUUUUCGACUCCACUAAGACUAAUCACUCGAGGAACUUCACAUAAUUUCCUUUGUGCAGAAUCUCGCUACUAAUAUGGAUCGACAAGUUCAAAAAUAAAUCAGUUUAUUGGAGAAAUAUCAUAUUCUAUGUUUCUAGUGACCUCUCUAAAGUACUUGUGAGAUUGCUCACAAAUACAUUUUUUCAAAGAAAAAGUCAAUGUUGUCAUAACCGAACCGAAGUAUGAACUGAUGUAGUGAACGGUUCAUGCUUUACUGGUUUAGCCGGUGUUAGACCGUUAAAAUAUCGUUAGUAAACCGAUCCUAAUAAUAAAAAUAUUACAAAUAUUACACACUUCUUAAACACUCUUAAGUCUUAACCAUGAAUACAUUGAUAUCAAACAAAUCUAUCAUAUCUAAAAAAAACAUGCAGAUCCCUAAAUUCUACAUGUAACAAAUCUAUAUAUAUAUGGGGUGGCGUCUUCAGUGCACCUACUUUUUUGGGUGCAUUCAGUGCACUCACUUCAUAACCGUCAUUUUAAACAUGCGAUUCAUGUCAAAAUGAUGUCAAUCAUCACUUAUGAUGUGAUGAACAAUAACGCUCAUGAAUUUGCACAAAAACCAUUGAAGAUUUACUUUAAUUUGAAGAAUUUAGAGUUUGAAGAUUUAGGGUUAGGGUUUACAAUUUGGGAUUUAGGGAUAGAACUCCAAAUUGGAGGUCUAGGGCUUAGGGUAAUCCGCUAAUUAGUUGUUAUCCUAUGUUAUAUCAUCAUAUUACAUUAAUUCUACAAAUUAAAAUUCAAAAUCCGACACCUUAAGACUAGUUUUUGAGUUGGGUGCAUUGAACGUACUCAUUUUUGUGAGUGCAUCGAAGUAGUUACUAUAUAUAUAUAUAUAUAUAUAUGGUGACUUCUACGGUACCCCGGGUGAAAUCCAGGGUACCGUAUACCUUGAGUAUGAAAUCCCAAUCUAGACCUCGAAUUAACAGGAUUUUUGGACCUGAUACUAUACCCUAACUCUUAAUGAGUGAACUCUAGGUCAUAGUUAUCUAAAUCAUAAACUAUAAACCCUAAGAUGGGGCAUUCAUUUUUUUGCCUAUAUUUGGGCAAAUCAUAACCGUCGAUUAUUGUUUCUAAUUAAAUUGAUCUCGGGGUAUAGGAUUUAGAGAAUUAAGGCCUAGAUUGUGAUCUUUAAGGGUUAGAGUAUAGUAUCAUGCCCGAAAAUUCAAUCAAUUCAAUGUCUAGAUAGCGUUUUCAUACUCAAGGUAUUUGGUACCCUGGAUUUCAUCCUGGGUACCGUAGAACUGCCCAUAUAUAUAUAUGGUGCCUUCUACUGUACCCCGGGUGAAAUCCGGGGUACCUUAUACAUUGAGUAUGAAAACGCUAUCUACACCUCGAAUUAGCAGGAUUUUUGGGCAUGAUACUAUGUCCUAACCCUUAAUGAGUGAACCUUAGGUCCUAAUGAUCUAAAUCAUAAUCUAUAAACCCUAAGAUGGUGAAUUGAUUUUUUUACCUAUAUUUGGACGAAUCAUAACCGUCGAUUAUUGUUUCUAAUUAAAUUGAUCUUGUGGUAUACGAUUUAGAGAAUUAAGACCUAGAUUUUGAUCUUUAAGGGUUAGAGUGUAGUAUCAUGUCCGAAAGAUCAGUCAAUUCAAGUUCUGAAUAACGUUUUCUUACUAAAAGGUAUGCGGUACCCUGGAUUUCACCCAGGGUACCGUAGUUAUCCCAUAUAUAUAUACUUUAAUAUUUAACAAAGAUUCAAUAAAAAAAUACUAAAAGAAUAAUCUAAUCUAUCAAUUUAAUUAACCGAAAUAAGAAAAAACUAAAUGAAUUCAGACCUAAAGUCAACUAAAUAUAAACCGAUGCUCUAUUUGGUUCUUCAUUUGUUCCAUGUUCCAACAGACCAACACUAAUUAUGAGUUAUGACAGUAUAGUAAUAAUUAUUAAUUGUUUCCCAAAAAAAAGACUGAAGAGACAUUUCUUACCCUUUUUUCUUCUUUCAUUUCACUAUUUUCAAACAAAAUUGAAGUAGCCACAUUAAUUAUUUCAAUUCCCCAUGCCCCAAGAUCUGACCCGCCCGAAAACCCUUUCCAUUUUUUUUUUUGAAUUCGGACUGUUGGAGUGCUAAAAUCGGUUGCCCGGCUCUAUCGGCUCAAGCGAUUAAUCGCUUCGGCUACUCACCAACCUGGCAACCUCUAUAAAAAGCCGCCACAGUUUUUUGGCUGUUCCGAGCCAGUUUGGCAUCCGAGUGGAGGUUUUACCGAUCGGAUCGGCUCGGUUUUAAUAACAUUGGAAAAAGUACUUGUGAUGUUCAUCAUAAUUUGCAGAAGGACCACCUUUUUUAGGAUUGCAAAUGAGUGAGGCCAGACACAAAACAAGUCAUCUCAGUCUUAGUCAAAAGAAAAGAAACAAUCAGAUCAACACACAUCUCGCCCCCUGUCCUAGAAAUAAAGCAGCAAAUCCGCAGGAUGUGGGUUCGCCAUGCCCAUCAACCAAACCAAUAUCAACCUCCCUACCGAGAAAUCCCAGACAUGUAAGAGAUGUAAGGUAUCACAAACGAGGUUAUGCUGAUGUUUAAUGCCCACAGUACCAGCACAAGACACAACAUGAUCCCCAAAGGCAUCACCAUGAAAGACACGAGAACAAGCAGGACAGGGCUUAGAUACCGAAAACAACGAGACACUCAAUGGAUAACUAAUCACACUAUGAUAUGUAUGCACUCCGCUGAGACUUCCACAAAACAACCUGACGCUCAAUGAGAAAACUGAAUCUGAAGCAGCAGCAACCUUCACGAAAUAUAUGUAUGCCAAUUUCGUCAUAAGUUUUAGGGCAGCAACUCCACUAGGGUCACGUAAUAGAUCAUAACCUGUAAACUCAUUAAUGGUGCGUAGGGCAUAAACGUCAUCAAAAGUAGGGCUAGAAGAUAGAAUACCAUAAGGAUCUAGGAGUUGAGCUUGAAAUUUCGUAUACUGCAAACGAGAUGCCAAAAAAGUAAAAUGCAUGACAUCUCCAGCAACAUAAACCACAAACCCAUCUAAAUCAAAAGGGAAGGUGGCAAGCCUCCACUGCCAAUCACCAAACCUGGGCCAAGAAACACUGAUAAUACGUUCUAAACUAGAACGAAGAGCUGUGUCAAGAGAUAGUUGGGCUGGCCCAAAAACACGAGGGGGGCAAGUACGCAAAGCAACGUAGAAUUUAGAAAUAACAGUACAAGCCCGAAGCAAAAGCAACUCACACUAUAGGUCAUCAAUCCUCGCAACCAAGUCCAUCAUCUCGACGGUCCUGGUAACUUUCUUCGCCACAAGUUCACUGCUAAAACCAGGACAAGAACUGAAGGACCACCCAGAACGGUGACACCAUGAGAAGGUCGAGUAAUAGAGGCGGGGAAAACACCCGAAAGUCGAAUCUUAGGAUCCUCCUCUAUAGACUUAAAAACCUUUGUCUUACCCACAUUUAGGUGAAGGCCAAAUCGAGGUCCUUCAUCCAUAAUCAUUUCUAAGAUCUUCCCAACAACUAAAGCGUCCACCACAACGGUGCCAUCAUCCAAAUACCAAGCAUGCAUACUCAUAUCAAAAGAGUCUCUGAUCUUGCACACUAAAGGAUGCAACACCAAAGAAAAAGCAAAGGUCCUAAAGGGUCUCCCUGUUGAACCCCCUGGUAAGACCAUAAACUAUGAUUCGCAUA